UUAUGAUUUACCUUACAUGUUGUGUUCUGGUUUAGUGUGGAUAGGACUUGGUUCUUAUUAAGUAUUCGUAUAAUUUCCUAAAAUGAGUAAAAAGCUGAAAGAUUUGAAGUGGGAAACUGUUCCACUAGAAGGCUUUCCAGCUUCCGUCACAGAUAAGCUGCAAGGUUUUGUAGGUCUUGAAGAAUGCACCUCUUAUGGUCUGGACAGGGAAAACAGGAAGCCGAAAAAACACAAAGAAAAUGCAAAUAAAAGAAAAAGCGAAGCAAAAAGCACCAAAGCACAAGAACCAGUAAAAAAGCUUAAAUUAAGUAAUGGUUUUAUAGUUGAAACUUGUAAUACCUCCAUUCCGUCACUAAGUAAUGAAAUAGCAACAAGCAAUGUCUAUGAACAAAAAAUUAAAGGAAAGAAACCAAUAAAAGAAAUGAAUAUUAAAAAAAAGAAACAUAAAUUAGGGGAAACUACGUCUUCACAGUCCGACGUUACUCCUCAGGAUAUGUUAGCUUGGGCCGAGUUCCAGCUGCCAGAUUCAAUCAUGAAAGCGCUGACUGAAAUGGGCUUUAAGCAACCAACGAAAAUUCAGCAACUGUCAUUACCUGCAGCCAUACAUGGACGAAGAGAUAUUCUUGGAGCGGCCGAGACAGGUAGUGGUAAAACCUUAGCUUUCGGUCUACCUAUAUUAUCAGGAAUACUAGACCUAAAAGAAAAAGCUGAUCAAAAAGGCUUAGAUGUUUAUGACAUACCAUACAAAAAGACAUCUGCCAAAAAGAAAACAGAAGAGAAAGAAUUGAAAAAGAGUAACAAAAUCAGUAAAAACAAGGUGCAAAUUAAAAAAGAUAACACUAGUAAUAAAGAUUCUGAAGAAGGUUAUGGUAGUUCAGAAUCAACUGAUAAAAUGAAAGAUAGAAAAAAGAAAAGAUAUAAAGCUGCAGAAGAUUAUUUAGAAGAAUAUGAAAUUCCAAUCAAAAAAAGGAAUGACUCUGAUGAAGGUAAUGAUUCAGAUGGUGAGAACUAUGUUCAUCUAUCGGAUAUGCUGGAUUCAGAUGAUUUGAAAGAUGAAAGUGAUGACAAUGAACAGUCUGAAGAUGAUUUGGAAUCUGCUGAAAAUGAUCAGUCUGAUAAUGAUAAAAAUGAAGAAUUAAGUGAUUAUGGAAACCAAUCAGAUAGUAAUGAGAGUGAUGAAGAAUUGGAUGUUAAUGCUAGUGAUGUGGAUUCCACUGAUGGUCAUGAAAUGGAUGUUGGGGAUGGUGAGGAUGACAAGUUACAAAGUCAAGGAACGGGCCUGGUCAAAGUGGUAGAUGAUGUGAAAUUGCCACCUCACAUGGAGGUCAGGACUGGCAAACCUUUAUAUGCACUGAUACUAACUCCGACCAGAGAACUGGCCAUGCAGGUCAGCAGGCAUUUGAUGGCUGUAGCCAAGUACACAGGUAUAAGAAUCGCGACAAUAGUUGGAGGUCUGGCCGCGGUGAAGCAGGAACGGGUGCUCGGCAAAGGGCCAGAGAUCGUGGUCGCCACCCCGGGCAGGCUGUGGGAGCUACUGUCCCAGGGGCAGCCUCAUUUACAACAACUUUCAACCGUCAAAUUCCUGGCCAUCGACGAGACCGACCGCAUGAUAGAGAGGGGCCACUUCGAGGAGCUGCAACCCUUGCUGGAGAGGCUCAACGCGGACGACGACCGCCGCAGUACAAGGCAGAACUUCGUCUUCUCGGCAACCCUGACCAUGGUGCACGAACUGCCCGCGCACAUGCGGGGCAAGAAGGUGACAAAGCGAGGGAAGAUAUUAAACAGGAAAGUGGACAAGAUGACGUCGCAGCAGAAAAUCAAUAGAUUGGUCAAAAUGAUUGGCAUGACCGACCCCAAGGUGGUCGACAUCACCGCGCAAAACCUGGGUGCUGCAGAGACCCUGACGGAGAGCAGGAUCACCUGCUCCGUGCAGCACAAGGACGCGUAUCUGUACUACGUGCUGAAGAGGCACCCCGGCAGGACGAUCGUGUUCUGCAACUCCAUCGGAUGCGUCCAGAGGUUAGCGCAGCUAUUCGGCAUAUUGAAAUGCCACCCCCUGCCCUUACACGCGAAUAUGCAACAGAGGCAACGCCUGAAGAACUUGGAGAGGUUCCGUGACGACAAACACGGUGUGCUGAUAGCCACGGAUGUAGCUGCCCGCGGGCUCGACAUCCCGGAUGUGGACCACGUGGUGCACUACCAGGUGCCCAGGACGGCGGAGAGCUACGUGCACCGGAGCGGCCGCACCGCCCGCGCCAGCAAGGAGGGCCUCACCAUACUGAUGAUGGAGCCCUCCGAGGCGUUCCUCUACGCGAAGCUCUGUCAGACCUUGAACAAGAAAACGGAACUGCCCCUGUUCCCGGUACAGUCUCACAGCCUGUCCCCGGUCAAGGAGCUGGUCGGCUUGGCCCGGGACAUUGACGCUCUAGAGCUGAAGAAACGCCGCGCGGCCCAGUCCGUUGGAUGGAGGGAGAAGGCCGCCAAGGAAAUGGACAUGAUCGUAGACGACGAUGACGCGCCAGUGAAACAGAUAGACCCGUCUAUCGAGAGGACGCUGCGAGCCAAGAAGCGUCAGCUGGAGACCGCGAUGGCCAGGCCGCUGUUCCCGCGAGGGUUCUCCUUCAAGUAUCCAACCUUGAACGACCCUACUGCGUUGGAGAUGCCCCAAGAGAACGCAUUACAGGUGAUGAAAAACGCAAUACAAUCCGGGGAAUUGAAAAAGGACAAGAGAAAAUCGAAGAACGCUCCUCUCCUGAAACUGGGUAAAGGAACAAAAAAACAUAAUAUGAGACCCAAAAAGAGAAGUUAAUAAUAAAAAUUUUAAUGAA